UAAAGGGUCUACCAGUGGGUGCGGUACUGUAAUAUGUCUGCGCCCUUGUUUCCAAAUGAAAAUAUGAGUGAAUGAGUGAGAAAUGAGACGAUGGCAGAUUCUGAAGUAUUUAGGACUCGUUGGUGUCGUGUUUCUUAUUUUCCAGGGUUUCCUUUGGUUCCAAUUCCCAUCCAAAAGUGACCAGCAUCAUCGAACAUAUGAUAUAAAGCUUCUAGUGAAGAAGGUAUUAACUGUUUGGGAAGACUUGGAGGGUGUGAUUUUUGUCAUCGAACCUGAGAUUUUGUACAAGAUUCAGGAGCAGGAAAACUACUCGGACAAUGAAGGUCGGUGUGCCGUCUUCUGUCACCUGAAGAAAAAGGCUGUCACAUUCGGAGUCUUUGGACACAGAGUUGCAAUGUCUCUGGUCUUGUCAAAGUUCCGUCACAGUGGAUUUGCUGCUGUAGAUGCCAAAGAGGAUAAUCCUGACUUCCACCUAAAAAAUCCUGGAUCCCCUCCCCAGCGGAUCAUCACUCACAUGUUUCUACAGGACAUGGAGCAGCCAGAUCUGACCAUGCAUGUGGUGGUCUUCUACCCCCGCUCAGGAUUCCUUUGGACCAGUCAGAUACAGAUGCCGACCUCUGACCUCAGCUUUGGGGCCACAGCAGGGGCAUAUGAUGUGUUUGAGACUCGAAGACUGACUAUAGAUGGUCUGCUUAUCAGUGUUCCUAAAUCAAUCCGUCAUUUUCUCCACAUGAACCAAAACUCUCACUUCCUGGAAUGUAAUCACGAAAGAGCCAAAAUGUUUUAUGCCCAACAUCCACAAGAUGAAUCCGAAGAUGCUCAGCGGUUCCAAAGAAAGGCAAGACAACUCUUGGUGAAAGGGAAGGAAGUUUUAGAUAGUCUGGGGGUCCCCUUCUGGCUCAGUAGUGGAACCUCACUAGGUUGGUUUCGACAGUGUGGUAUCAUCUCCUAUUCUAAAGAUGUGGACUUUGGUAUUUGGAUUAAGGAUCACAAACCAGAAAUCAUCGAUGCCAUGGAAACAGCUGGUCUUCCACUUAAACAUGUGUUUGGCAAAGUGACAGACAGCUACGAGUUGUCAUUCAAGGCUGGAGAAGUUAAGCUGGAUAUUUUCUUUUUCUAUGAAGAGGGAGACACAAUGUGGAAUGGAGGGACUGAUGCCAGCUCAGGGAAUAAACUCAAAUAUGUCUUUCCAAAAUUUGACGUGUGCUGGACACUUCUAUUGGACAUAAGAGUACGAGUCCCCUGCCCAACACAACCCUACAUCGAGGCUAACUACGGCAAGCAGUGGGAUGUCCCGGUCAAAUCCUGGGAUUGGAAAAGCAGUGCAUUUAAUGUCCAGCCCAAUGGGGUGUGGCCAAAAUCUGAGUGGAAGGAGGUCAUACAGGUGUAUGAGUGAUGGGAUAUUCACAGGGGUGUACAAGUGAUGGGGGGUGUUCACAGAGGUGUUUGAUGGAGGUGUUCAUAGAGAUAGGAUUGAUGGAGGUAUUCAUAGUGUUGUAUGAGUGAUGUACAUGUAUGUGUUGUAUGAGUGAUGGAGGUAUUCAUAGUGUUGUAUGAGUGAUGGAGGUAUUCAUAGGGGUGUAUGAGUGAUGGAGGUAUUCAUAGAGGUGUAUGAGUGAUGGAGGUAUUCAUAGUGUUGUAUGAGUGAUGGAGGUAUUCAUAGGGGUGUAUGAGUGAUGGAGGUAUUCAUAGGGGUGUAUGAGUGAUGGAGGUAUUCAUAGGGGUGUAUGAGUGAUAGAGGUAUUCAUAGGGGUGUAUGAGUGAUAGAGGUAUUCAUAGGGGUGUAUGAGUGAUAGAGGUAUUCAUAGUGUUGUAAGAGUGAUGGAGGUAUUCAUAGUGUUGUAUGAGUGAUGGAGGUAUUCAUAGUGUUGUAUGAGUGAUGGAGUUGUUCACAGGGGUGUGAGUGUGUGAUGUUCACACAGAUUGUGAAUGAACAAGUGUACAUACAGGUAUAGGAAUGAAUAAGGUGUUCUGAAGAGUCCAAAAAGAAAGUGAUUAUGAAAGAUUGUGAGGUAUGGAAAUGUGUUGUCAUUAUGAAUAUGUAAAUAGCAAACAAGUUCUUUUGAACUACUACAAAUUAAACCUUAUUUACUGACUGUUGAAAAAAGGUGCUAAUAUUGUAUAUCAGGUUUUUAUGCUUCAUGACUUUUUCACUAAUCAGGACGUACAAGUGCAUAAUACAGAAUUCUUCUUACAAUAAUCUAGGCCUUCACUUGUAACCUUGAAAACUAGUAGGAUCUAAAGAUAUUUUUGCAUGGUACUGGUCCUGCAAGUUAUAUAAAAAUGUGGUAAGAAAUGUCACCAAACCUGUACAAUUACACAAGUUAAUACCUAGUUGUAAAAAUACUUCUUUUUGUGAGGAAAUAAUCUGAAACAUGUUGACUUUGUGAAUAUAUUCAUGUAAACAGAUUGUAUGUUGAUGUGUGAAAUACAUGUACAUGUACAUUUGGUCAGCUUCAAUAGCCAAGGGUGACAACCUGCUCCUCUCCCCAUGAAGAGGUAAAUAGCAGCAUGUUACUUUGUGUAUUCAUUAUAGGUAUAGGAUUGCAUGCAUUACCACUUAUAUUAUACAGAUGAUUAUAAAUGUACUGAAUGAAGCAUUGUGUAGUUUUUCCAGAAUAGAGGGUUUUCUUUGAGAAUGUAAAAAAAAUCCUUUUAGUAAAUGAUCAGGAAUUUUGAUGCUCUCUGAUUAGUCCAGACAGUAUACCAAGGGUGAGUUUACCUCAAUAUUAACUUCAGGAGGUUUAUUCGAGAUAUCCCUCUUGACCAAUCAUAGAUUUAAUGGCUUCUUAAUCACCCAAUCAAAUUGCAUGUAUCAAAAAGUCAAAUUCAAUCUCUAGAAUUCAUAUUCGAUGCCGUUAACGGCUUAACCAAACAUUACUAAUAUAUAUAUGAUAUAUAUAUAUAUAAAAAAUUGAGAAUACAUUUUAUUAUUAUUACAGUAUCUAGAUUUUGACUGUUGUAAUAUUGUUAUUUCUUCUUUCCUUUUAUGCCAUGUAUUCAUAUUUAGGUAAUAAUUUGAUCACUAAUUAGGUGUGUAUUAUGUUAUAUUUUUUCACCUUUUCCUUUUAUAUCGUAUUUAUGUUUAGAUACUAAUUUUAGAUGUUAAUUUAUGUUUGUGUAUAUGUUUUAAUGCAGGACCACAAUGGAAACUAGCUAUAUGCUAAUUUGUGUAAUCCUGGAUAAAUGAAGGCUAUUAUUAUUAUUAUUUUCAAUGCACAUGUUUUUAUUGUUGAAGGAUAAAAAAAAAAUGUGAAAACUUGCAAAUUCCUUAUCAUUUGAUGAAGCAGUCACCAUGUAUUGACUUCUGAUGAGGGCUACUCAUUGUUAUAAUUAUUCAAAUGGACCAGCUCAGGUAUUGGUUGACCUCGGUUAACCAAUACCAGACCAAGUCCAUAUACACUGUAGUCACUAGUAAAAUUCAUCAACGUCAGUAACAUGAGUCCAAACUUUCAUUGAGGACUAUAUUAGGAAAAUUUAAGAAUGACAAAAAUUCAGUUAGUCUAAUUGGAGUCUUGCAGUUCAAUUGUCUUCAUUUCAUGACCCUACAGCAGGGCGACUUAGAUGAGCAUUGUGGCCCCCAUAUAACUCUGUAGUAGUUGAUUUGUAACAAUUUAUUUUGUUUUUUAUGUAAGUGCAAUUAAAUAUAAUACAUGUAGUUUGUUGGCAAUAUAUUGAUUUGUGUGAUCACUGUAAGCUGCAAUAUUAUGACUAAUAUUAAGUCUGAAACAUCUGCUUGUUGAUAUCUACUUUUACUGUGAUUUUGAUAUUAAGUCUGAAACAUCUGCUUGUUGAUAUCUACUUUUACUGUGAUUUUGAUAUAUUUUAUCUUUGUACUCACAACUAGUGUUCACAUGAUAAAACUGAAAUGAACUGGUUGUGAAUUAUUCUUUUUCUUUGUAGAAUAUUUACACUGUUGUAUCUGUAGAAUAAAAUUAAAGUUACAAGU